AUGUUGUUCAGCGCGCUCUUCUGCUGCCUCCUGGGCUGGCUGUGCGGCGCGCUGCCGAACAACCUGGCCGUCGAGUGUGACCACCACCGCGCCUGCGCCCGCGGAUUCUGCGUGGCCGGAAAGUGCGUGGCCUGCGCGCACGACUCACACUGCGGUGCCAGUCUCGUCUGCGCCGCGCACGAGUGCGUGCAGUGCGCGCUGGACGACCACUGCGCCGGCGCGGCCGUCUGCCUGCAGAACCGUUGCGCCGAGUGCCGCUCCGACGGCGACUGUGCGCACGGCCACCGCUGUUCGCUCUACCAGUGUCGGCCGAGCGAGGUGGACGGGGGUCACUGCAACAGCGGCUCCGACUGCGCGUCCGGCUACUGCACCGACGGUCGCUGCGCAGACUGCGCCGACCACUCCCACUGCGGCCCGCUGCUCUACUGCCAGCGCGGAACGUGCCGGGAGCUGCGCAGAGCUAGGGACACCUGCUACAGCAACCAGCAAUGCAGCUCGAACCGCUGCCUGCACGGUGUUUGCACCGAGUGCUCGGCGUCCCACCCGUGUGAGCCGCACCAGUUCUGCGACGUCGGCACCUGCAGGGAGCCGGCCGACGCCGGCGCCAUCUGCUUGGUCAGCCUGCAGUGCAAGUCCAAAAUCUGCAGAAAACGACGCUGCGCCGAAUGCUUACAUCACGACGACUGCGGCGAGGGUCAGUUUUGUGACGAUGGCAAGUGCCAGGAGAAGCGCAAGCCACUAUCUUCUUGCUACACCCGCACACAGUGUCUGUCCAACAUCUGCAAAGACAACCGAUUUUGCGUCGACUGUCUCACCGCUUGGGAUUGCCCCGAGAGUCACUACUGCAACCAAAACAGCUGCAAGGCCAGGGGCCUCUUCGGAUAUAGUUGUCAUGAAGACGAUCAUUGUCAAUCCCACAAAUGCGGCGACAAGAACACGUGCGUGCUCUGCACGCAGCACAGGGAUUGCGAGCGUGGGUGGUACUGCACGGCCGAAGGCACGUGCCGGGAGUUGAAGGACCUCCGGGAGAGUUGCGACAGCAACGACAGCUGCCGGUCGGGCCUCUGCGGACGUUCCGGCGCCUGCGCCAACUGCCUGGUCAACAGCGAUUGUCGUCGCUUCCAGCGCUGCGACAACGGCGUCUGCGGCCAGCGAAGGCUGUGA